CGAACUUUCACUUCCCUGCACUUUUUGUAGUCUGUGACUAAGUUUCAAUCGGGAAGUUGUCCUUCUACAAACGAGAACAGCCGUCUUUACGGGAUUUUUUUGACCAGGAAUGGUCAAUGCAACGUCUAAAGAAGUAGUUCCAGUUGAAAAUGACGAAGAACCAACAAUUUUGUGUAUCGUAAAGGACGAAACAACUGUCGACAGGAAACAAAACAAUCAUACAGUGAAUCUUCCAGCCUCUACUCUUGUGAAAGAUUUGUACGCUUACGUCGCCAAACAAGUAAGCUAUGUAGAAGACACCUUCCUUCUCGUGUGGAAUAAAUUCAUUGGUGGAGGCAACGAAGAGGUAGUUCUAAAUGAAGAAAAGGCGAAGACUUUACAAGAAGUCGGCCUGGCGGCCAACGGGAAAAAGAACAAUUUUCUGAUCAAAGAUAAAGAUGGUGAACAACCGAAGAAAACGAAGGUUAGUGAACCAUCAAGCCCUUUUCAAGUUAUUAUUAGUCUUUGGCAAUAAAAUGGAUGAUCAAGCUGAUCGCGAGAAGGUUUUGAAUCUUUUGCGCAAUCAAUGAGAAGCUUCAAUACAAUAAAAUGUAUAAAUUUACCUUCCUGAACUUCUGAAUGUAAUGCGAAAUACGUAAAAACAUCAUGAUAACGGGCAUUUGCUUAAAAAAUGGUUCACCAACAAGUGCUUUGUGUUUCAUUUUGGCGAAACGAAAGAUAUUAAAAUAUGUUUGCUGCAAUGCAUGGCGAACAGAAUCGAAGAUAGGAUAACUACAAAAAAAUGCUACGUUCUUGUAGUAACAUGCAGGAACUGGUAAAGUUGAUGUACAAGUUUCCGGUGCCUCUUAGAUUACUGAGGUUUUCGUAUUUUACUCAAGGGUGUGUAAUUAGAUCUGUCUUGGUUUGAUUUACAUAGGUGUGGAAAGCUUUAGAGUAGAAUUCGUUCUAUUAAAAAAAAAAAAAGAAAGAUAUUGGAGUAUAGUUGAACCAUAUACACGAACAGUGCAUAGUAGAAUUUGACAAGAAAUCAAAAUUUGCAACAGAUCUUACACUCAGAAAAACAGUUUGAUCUUUGGAUUACAUCACUUGAGUUAUUUCUGUAAUAUUAUCCAAUAAGUAGUGUCAGCUAAACUGUUGUCUCUCAUUACAUUGAAGAAUUGACAAUCUGUCAAAAAUUACAGCAUUUUGUUGGCAAAAGUCAAUAUUUCAAUGACAAUUUCGUAUAAACUAGUGACAAGGGAAUUCAUCUUCCAUCUUGAUUUAUAUUUGAUUGAUUAUACUGAGAUUGUUUCAAAAGAGAAAACAAAAUGUCAUUUGCAGAUGUCCUCUCAUUGUCAUCCAAAAUGUACUUCAACUUUACACGUAUGUGCAGCAAACCAAUAAUUGUACUCCUGGCACUUUUCACUCAUCGUCCUGAGAGGGUCAGAGGUCAAGAAACAGUUAAGGGUGUGAUUCAGUUAGCUAAGAUUUCCUCAGAUCUCAACCUAAAAAAGAUGGUCAAAAGUGAUCUUAAUUGAUAAAGGGGACUUUUUCUUUGAAGCUUCAAGUUAGAUUAACCAAUCUAUUUAGUUUUAGACCAAAAUACUUGUUGUGAAUAUUUUCUGUGGAUCAAUUUGACCCUGGUUAGGCAGUUGGAGUUUGUAAAUUGGUGGAGAUUUAUAUGUCAACUUAGUUUUUAUUUCUCGUAGUGUACUAUUUAAGUUUAUUUAAGAUGUGGUUCUGUUCAACAUAUUGAGAUUUGAAAAAUUAAAUUUUGUCCAAUCCUUUGGGGACAGUUCAAGAGAAAGACAAUUCAUGGAGGGUUAGCAAGGCUUAAGUCUGAGCCUUAGUCAGGUCACUGUGAAACACUCUUAAGUGAGACACUUUUGUCUCCCAUUGCUUUUUUCCACUCAGGAGUCCAUUAAAUGCUAACUGGCAGAUUAUCGUGUAAACUUAAUGACUCAAUACAGGGUAGCCUGCAGUGGACUAACCCCUUAUCCUAAAGGAAAGAAGCAGUACUACUACCGACUGAAAACCCCACAAGCUCCAGCCAGAUAGGUCAUGGGGGUUACUUGCUGACUUUACCUGUUGCCUUGCAGGAGAAUGAUGAUGAUGAUUCAGUUACAGGGAGUGUCUCCAACCUGUUCCAAAGCAAUUCUAACACUUCAAGUAGUUAUUCCUCCUCCAGUGAUAGUUACACUUUGGGAAAGUCUGAAACAGGUUAGGGUUCAGGAUGAUUUUUUUAUCAGUUGCAUAUGCAUAAUUUAAAUAUAAUUGGAUCUAGGCAACCACGCAGUCAUCUGCAGUUUGGAGUAUUGUACUUGUAGAGGGGGGAAACUUGGGAGAUGCCUACCUUUUUUUGUUGCUACCAUAAGAGCACUUACACUGUUCCCUCCAAUUCUACCGACCAAAUCUUUUAAAUGGGGCUCACUGUAAUUAAGGCCAGGUUAACACCAAAUCAGUGCAAAAGUUCUCUGAAAAGGAUGUCAAGAGUCCAAGUGAGGUUUGUAAAGGGCAUUGCAUGUGCUUUUGCAUGGUUUUCUUUGCUGCUGAAUGUAGGAGAAUAGCACAAAGUUACAGGAGAAUGUAUAACAAAACAGCUCCACCUGUUAAGAAGAAAAAUUCAGGAUACAUCAUGAGCACCCUAGGCCUUAACCAAUAACGUCCUUGGUAGACAUGUCACUUCUAAUGGGUACUGCGUGACAAACUUUUCCUUUAGUUAAAAUUAAGUCUGCCACUGGUAAACUGUUUACUCUAUUUGUUGAAUACAGGGUUUGUAGGUCUUGUAAACCAGGCAAUGACAUGCUAUUUGAACAGUCUACUACAGACAUUAUUCAUGACCCCAGAAUUUAGAAAUGCUAUAUACAGGUUUGUGCUGAUAAUUCUCAAUACAUGUAAUUACUGAUAAAACUUUUAGUAAUGAUUCUUGCUGGUGUGAGUGAGAAUUGAAGCCUCUCUCUACUCUUUGAGAGUAGAGGCUAGUGAGUUUUGCCUUGCCACUUAAUUUCCAAGCUAAAGGAUAAGAAAUAAUUCCACACCAUUGUUUGUAGUUUUGAUUGUUCAAAACUUGCAAAAUGUUCUCCACAUUUUGUGGUCCUCAUAAAAGCAUUAAAACUUAAUUGCCCCUCUAAAAGGACAGAAACAAUUAAGCCAUAGCCAGUUAUAGCUGUUUCUUAGAACAAGUCAACUUGUUCCAUGUCCAACUGGCCAGAUCUGACUGAUGGAAAAAAACAGUUGGUUAUUGUAUACCAACCCAUUUUAAAUAUUUUUCAAGUGAAUGGAUGAAGUAAAGAUGUUACCAGUAUGUCUCAUUUGAAAGUAUUGUUCUCCAAACAAUCAAUGAAUGAUGAGGUUAGGUGUUCUUGGACAUUUUAAGGGGCUUCUACUAACUUUCAGGAUUCAUAGCCAGAAAUUCUAGCAUGUGUUUAGUUUGUACUAUCUGUCAUUGGACCUUCUUAAGUCAGCAAAAAACAAAAUAAGGAAGAGUUUUUAAUAAUUACAAUUUCAUGUCAACAUUGUUUUCACUUGUUAUUUGCUGCUUCACAUAUUUACAUUUCCUCGCUCUAUCAUAAUCAUGAAUAUAGUGUUCAAUGUAAUAGACUUUGUUAAUGAUUGAUGUAAUAAAUGUAAAUAAACAUUUAACAUCUUAGGUGGGAGUUCAUUGGAAAUGAAGAUGAAGCAGCCAAGAGUAUUCCUUACCAACUUCAAAAGCUUUUCCUCCAUUUACAGGUACCAGUGGUACAACAUUGAUUUACUAGAUAAAUUCCCAAUUUGUUUGUUUAACCUUAUGACUCCAAGAGUGACCAGCAUCUAAUAUCACCCCUGAAUCACUUAUAAAGGUCAUGAGAAAAAGGAAAUGAUCACCAACUAAAGAAGUUUGUGAUUGUUAAACAAAUUCUCCUUGUUGGCAUCUUAGGAAAUGUACAGAGAACAGUAUGGAGAAUAUGCAUAUUGAUGUUAGGGUGUGAAGAGUCAAUGAAUUUAAUUAUAUUUAUCUUGAUGUUCAACAAUACAAUCCUUUUCUGUGAAUCCCGAUAACUAUUUUAACAUUUUUGUCAGAAUGAAUGACUGAAUGGUACCUUUUUAUUUUUCAGACGAGUUCCAAGAGAGCUGUUGAGACUACUGAUGUUACCAAGAGCUUUGGAUGGGACAGUAGUGAGGGUAUUGACUUGUGAACUAUUUUUACAUGAUUACAGACCACAGUUUAGGUUUUAAGUUAUUUUUGUUGUCUCUUAAUUUUAGCAUGGCAACAGCAUGAUGUACAGGAGCUGUGCAGAGUCAUGUUUGAUGCUCUGGAAAGCAAGUUUAAAAAUACUGAUCAGGUAAAUAAAUAUUAUUAGUAGUAUGGUAGAUAAGUAAGCAACUAGGGAUGUAGAUUUGAAUAGAUAAAGUAGAAAAAGAGUUGAUCAGUAAAUUAUUUUAGUAAGUCAAUAUCUUGAAUGAGAGUAAAUGGAAUUUCAAGGGGUUGAGUGGAUAUGAAUUAGCUGGAAAUGAAAUAUUUCUGCAGCACAGGAGCAGUGGGGACUGGGGCAGUUGAAUUGCAGCACGGGUAGCAUGGAGUGCUAUAAAAGGGAUGCUUAUCACAUGGGAAAGCAUUCUAGGCCAACACCUCAUCUUACUCACAUUUUUUAGUAUAUAUUCAAUUUACUAGCGACAGUUUGAGUUUUGCAGGGGUUUCUUAGCUUGUUUGCAUUUCCUAAAAUUACCUAGAGUUUUCUGUGCUUUGUUGGAAUACAUGUUUAGUAAAUAAGGGCAAAGAUCUUCCAGCCAUGUAGCCUUUGUUGGAUGGGCUUUUCAGAGCAUGAGCCAUGGAUCCUACACAGAUUUUCUACCAAGCUUUUUUUUUUUUCCCCUAUUAGGGUUUUUUCCGGCAGGUUUUUUCUGGCCUCUGUUUUGACAGUAUUCUGUGUAAACUGUUGCUCGGCUCUGUUCUAGUUUUUCCACCACAUGGUUGAAUUUUGUUGUUUGUUUUGGUUUAUCAAAUGCCCUAUCUAGGUUCUUGUCUAAAGUGAUUGUGGAAUUUUUAUGUCAUUACCCAUUGAAUGAAUGCACCCAAUGGUUAAGGAGUUUGACUUGGGGAUUGCACUCCAUUUCUAAGAAACUAAGCUUCUUUAUUUUCCUACAGGAUGAUCUAAUUAACAAACUGUAUCAAGGGAAGCUUAAGGACUAUGUUAAAUGCCAGCAGGUAUGCAUUUAACUCCUCAUCAGUGUUCUCCUUUCAUGUGUUUACCAGUAGAAUUUACCACCUGUAUGUAUGCCUAAAAUCCCAUGGAAUUUUUGAAAAUUAAACAGGUAAAAUUACCAGUUUUAAAAUUCCAUUUACCUGUUGUGCUCAAAAUAAGGGAAAUCACUGUAUAGAGUGCUCUUUUGUGCAGACCUGAAAUUGAGCUUACUAUAAAUUAUCAGAUUCUCUUAGUUUUCAGAGUCCUCUAGUAUAUUUCUCUGAAGGUGUCCCUGAUUGGUUUCUCUGUAAUUUAGCAUAUCUUGUGAUUCAUUUCUUCCAUACAGGCUGCAUCAGUCUUCCAACUUUAGAUCUUAGAUCUGAAAAUCAAUUCCCCCCACAACUGUUAUAUAGUCAUUGAUACUAAAUUAUGAUUAAUUAUAUGUAGGUGUAGAUUCUCAUUUUUCAUCAGAGGAGACCUUCAUCUGAUGAAUCUUGAAUAUCUUUUCAAAUCUUUCUGCUUUGACAAUGCAUGUAGGGAAGGGUAUUUAUGAAUUCAUGAAGUAAAAAGGCUGGAAAUGAGUGCAGCUUUUAAAAGAAAAUGUUGGAUUUAAUUGUGAAAGUGGAUAAUUUGCCUUUGUUAGUGUGGCCAUGAAAGUGCUCGGACAGACACAUAUCUAGACAUUCCAUUAGCAAUCAGACCUUUUGGCUCAAAGCAGGCUUUGGGUAGUGUGGUAAGUUAACUCUUCCAUUCCAAGUUUAAGUAAUGGCACAUUACAACACAUUCUGUUCUUUAUAUGUCAAGAAUUUUGCCUUUGUAAGUAACUUUAAUUAGAAAUAAUUUAAAUUGCAUGUAAGCUGUAUGUACAUGUGAGUAAUCAUCUCAUAGUACAAACAAAGCAAGCAAAAAAUGAAUUAGGGAACCUGUUUACCCUUUGACAUUUAAGAAUGACUUGCUUCUAAUUCCUCUUUACAGUAUCACAACUAAAAUUUAGCGAUUUAAUCAUACACUAAGGACACAAUAAUGAAGGAAAUGAUGACAAACUAAAAAGGCUCUUGAUUAUCUAACAAAUCUUCUCAUCAGCACCUUUGGAAAUGUUUAGAGAAAAGUGGAUGAUAUCUAGUUUGAUUCCCCAUAGGAAAUUGCCUUGAAGAGUUUUGUUACUACAGAACUCCUGGAGGGCCAAAAUCAGGUAAAUUAGGGUGGAUUUUUUCUUACAAGUGUUAAUUUGAAAUUGUGCUUUUUUCUUAGAAAAGCUAGGCCUUGUAGAAAAUUAUUUGCAUAAUCAAUUUUUCUUUUUUCACAGUACUUCUGUGAGAAAUGCAAUGAGAAAUGUGAUGCCCGCAAGGCAAGUGAUUGCAUCGAUGUCUGCUAUGUAUUUUGUAAUUUACACUUAGUCUCCAAGAAAAGUUAAAGUUUUUAUCAAGAUUCAAUUUUUAUUUCAAAAUUAAUUAUUAUCAUUUACUUGUGAGCACUAAAGACAAAAAAUUUGCUGACCCUAGGAUACAAAACAAAGAACCUCAUAUACAGCUUUAACUCUCGUGAGUGACCAAGAAUAUAGAAAAAUAUAAAAUAGAAGAUCAUGAGUUGAUCUAAUACCAAAUUCUUUGUACUAACUUGGUGAAAAUUAUAUAGCAGUCAGUGAAUAUAAAGUAGAGGAUCAUGAGUCGAACCAAUACCAAAUUCUCAAUACCAACUUGACGAGAAUUGUAUAGCAGACAGUAUGUAGAAUCACUAAAAUCAGAUCUUGGUAGUGAAGGGUUAACAUUGAAGUAUUUAUUAAGUCUGGAUAACACAGAAUUCUCACAGGUACCAGGCAAAAUUCUCCAGCUGAAUUGUGAUUUUCUGUGCUCCUUUUCAUUCAGGGUUAGAAUUCUUUACAUUUUCUUGCUAGUAUUUUUGUUGAUAUUUCCUGUUAGGGUUACUUGUUUAUUGAAUAUUCUUUGCAUUUGCUAUUGACUCGGUAUUAAUAGUUUUUAACCGUUAACAUGUUGGAAAGGUUAUUUAAACACAUAGCUUCCCUCUGAGAUUUAUUUUAACAGCAAAAUACACUGUGCUUAAAUUUUUUUUUCUUAUAGGGUUUGAAAUUUUUAUCUUUCCCAUAUCUUCUGACGUUACAACUAAAGCGCUUUGCAUUUGACUAUGCAACACUUCAUAGAGUCAAACUGAAUGACAGGUUUGUAUUUUACAUGGGCUAAUGACGUUUGAUUUAAUGUAACUAUGUAGUGUGAUUUUUCUAACAUACACUGGAAGAUUUGUUUUUCAUUUACUUCUCUCAAUAGAAUGACAUUUCCCAAAUACCUCAAUUUGGAAGACUUUAUAAGUGAAGAUUUGGAGGAGGUUAGUUCUAGGCUUUUUGCUGCAGAAUAGAGAAUGAUAUUCAUGUUAUUCUUUUUACAUGAACAAUUAUAGAAAAAUUUAACUAGGGUUUAUAUAAGUCCUGGAAAACUUGGAAAGUCCUGGAAUUAUAUUUUGACAUUUUCUAGGGCUGAAAAGUCUUGGAAAUCUGCUUAAAUUAAGCAAUAAAUUUUUCAGAAUUUAGGUUAUAAGAAAUGUAUGUAGAACAUAAGGAGAAAUGAUUUUGAAACCUUGGGAACAAAAGGAUUUAAGGUGAAAUUUGGAGUCCUGGAAAAGUAUUUGAAAAGUCCCUGAAAUUUGUUUCCAAAAAAGGGUACAAACACUGUUCAAUACCUCUCAACACUGAUUUCUAUUUAUGAUGUCAAGAAUGAUGCAGAUGAAGAUGCUAAUCUAAAGGGGGACUCGCCAAGUACAUGCAGCACUGAAACUGACAGUGGGGUGAGUGAAGGCUGUUCUGAUAAUGGCACAUCUACUGAAGAAGAUGAGGUGGACAAUAGCAGUAAAGGAGGUAGUCAAGUGGAUGGGACCUCAGCAUCAAAGAAAGUGGAGCUUACUGAAGACAUGUGUAAUGGUGACCUGGCACAGGACAUGAAGGUUAGAUGGACUGUAGUCUUGGAUGCACCUCCUCCUUCCAGUGUUACAUUUCUUUGUGCUGCAAAUUGCAUUGCAUAAGUUUGUUACAAACAUUCAUACCUCGCUAUGUUUUGACUGACAGUCAUGAACAUUACUAUGGCCCACAUGCCUGCUUAGGAUGAGGUUGGAAGAGUUGUGCUGUCAGUUUGUGUUGUUCAGUGAAGACAAGUGUAAGCUGCAAACCAGCAACUGUGUUAUGGUCACUAGAGAAAAACUUAAAUAUAUUCUUGACUAGUGUCCAUGAAUGUCAAUGAGUGUGAUUAAGUUUUAUUGUGGAACAUGCCAGAAACCUUACUAAAAAUAAUAUUCUUGACAUGUACCAAAUGCCAGACAUCCUUUUUUUUUGGGGGGGGGAGGGAUAGGGGUAGUCUAAGAUUUUAUAGCAUACAUUAAGUUGUCGAGUUCAUUUGUCUGUGUUUUAUUUUUUUAGGGUCCAUAUUGGUAUGAGUUAUUCUCCAUCAUGAUUCAUUCAGGAAGUGCAUCAGGAGGCCACUAUUAUGCAUACAUCAAGUGAGGUUUAUUUAUUGUAUCCUGCAUGUAGUCAUGUAGUCAGUAUGAAGCAUGUUCUGUGUUCCAUCAGGUUAUUGAAAUUGUAAUGUUUUCCUGUCCCAAAUAUCACAGAUCAUUCACAAAUGGGAAGUGGUACUGCUUUAAUGACCAGAGUGUCACAAAGGUAAGUGUUAUGGUCACAGUGAUACAAAAAAAUGACAUGCAUACGGCUUUCUAUCUGAUAGAGGGUAUUCUUAGAAAUUUUUGGGAAUUACACAUCCAAGACUUGGUAUAGAGGUAUAAAGAGGCGGAAAUGAAAGAGGUAGAUAAAUUAAGGUCAAAGAUGAGAAAACUUCUUCAACUUUUGAAGCUGGAAGAAAUGACUUGAGCUGUAGGACAUUGUUGCCUUGAGUCAUUCAAGAAGGUUAAGGUACUUUGAGAAAAUUAUGGCCUUAUUCUACCAAAGAAGGGAGAAAUCAAGUCCCCAUGAAUUUGAUUCCUUUGUUUUCUUCUCAAUUCCUUCAUUACGAACUCAAUCAGGCCAGUGAUGAUGAUAUUGAAAGAACUUAUGGAGGAUUUGAAUCAUCAAGGACCUACUAUUCAUCAGUCUACUCCAGGUAACAUUUGUUUUUGAGUUACUGUAGUUAGUAAUUAAUAAAUAUAACCUUAUCUUAGUUGCUUUGCUUUAGUUAGAGAUGGCAAAAUACCUUUAGCCACCUUAUACUGCAACACUAUGGCCACCUACUUGAAAACUUUUCAACAACUUUGUGUACUUGACCUCUUUAUUAUACUAUGCUACUAAUUUUUUGUCACACAAGUGCAGAUGUAGAACUGUAGUUGAAGAAUGAGAUUGUUUAUUGGUGACAUUUGCAGUUCAACAAAUGCAUACAUGCUGAUGUAUAGACAAGUCAAUCCUGAAAGAAACUGCAAGUUCCUGGAACAGUGUGACAUGCCCCUCCACAUUGUGGAGUUGAAGCAAAAAUUGAAAGAACAAGAAGAAGAUGAGAGAAGAAGAAAAGAAAUGGAGAGAUCCAUGUGCAAGGUAAGAAUGCAGAUGUGUAGAAGCUAAUAAAUUAAAAGCAAGCUUUGUAUAGAUGGUUUGAAUCAGAAAUGGGAGAUUUUGUGGCUUGCUGAUUAAAGGGCACGGGCUCAUGCCCUCAUAAGUGUCAUUGUGAUUUGUUGUUGGGCAAAACAUUUCACUCACCCUGUGGUUGUUGAAGUUUUGAACUGAUAGAUGUGUUAGUGAGGUAAGCACAUGAUUUUGUAAGGGUCUCAAUUUUGAACAGAAUAAAUGUGUUUAUUUUGCUCCAGAUCAAGAUUUUUUGUGAGCACCCUCAGAGUAGGAGAAUUAUGGAACAGAAACUUGAAAUUCACAAGGAUACAACUUUGAAAGAUGCAGUAUCUGUGGCUCACAAGGUAUGGCACAUUACAUAAUGAAAAGAGAUUUUUUUUUACAUCUUACUUACCAGUAUUAGACACAGUACAGAUGCAGAGAAUUACAAACUGAAGUUUGAUUACGAGAGUUAAGAAUGUGGCAUUUUAAAUUAAGACCAUUACGUCAUUUUACAAGAUCCUCAUUGGAUAAUUUUGCUCUGUUAUGGUAGCUUUUCCACUUGGAGAAAUUUCUCCCAGCUGAACAGUGUCGAAUUGUGAAGUUUGAUGAAUACUAUGAUUACAUUGAAAGGUCAUAUGAUGGGGAAGAGGUGAGUUUAUUAUCUUUGUAUUCAAAUAUAGUGCAUGCAGUGCAUUAGAUACAGUGUAUUUAGAGUGCAUUUGGACACAAUUUUGGCUAAGGGGGCAGGGCAGGAAUUUGAAUGAAGCAAUCUUCAAAAGUUAGUAUUGUGGGGAAGGGGGGAAUUUUGAAGCUUCAAACUAUCCAUUACAACAAAAUAUCUAAUGAAAUGAUUAAGGUGCAAUCCCCAAUGCUGGUGUUGCAUGUAGGUGUGGUUUAUGGUUGGCUCUUGAAUUAUUGUCUCAUUGCCAAGGCUUUUACUUUGGUAUUCCUCUACCUCAAAACCAAACUCCAAAUUCCAAAGUAAACCUGGAAAGAGGGAAGAAUGAGUCAAAGUGGUGGCUUUUUGGCUGCUUAAAUCCAGUUUAGUUUAAUUGCAAUGACUAAAGGAAAUAAACCCUUUAAUUCCCAUGAGUGACUAGACAGAAUUCCUAUCAUUUCGAGGCAAUAUCAAGAAGACAAGUGAUGAAAAUAAAUAUUGAUAAUUCUCUCUAUGUGGCACAACAAUAUGCACAGAUAUAGGUCAGGGGACAUUGUCUGUUUCAAGAUGGGAACAGUUUUCCUAUAGGGAAACUUAAGGAAAACUUUAAGGAACAUAUAAUGUCCAAGGACAAAUAUACAAGCGUAUUUUUCCACGAAAUAGAGGCUACUGUGUUUAUUAUUGUGUUUAUCAACAUCCUUGGAUAUCCCCCAGUUUUAGCUGGAAAACUUUCAGUCAUGUGGUGCAUUUAGACCAACAGUGUAUAAGCAAAAAAAUAUUUUAUGGAUCAACAAAAAAGAAUAUUAAAUUAUUAGUUGAUCCCAUACUAACUUUUCCAGAGUAAUGUCUUAAUAAUUUAUGGCAGAAGGUAAGGAGAAUUACUCGUGAGAUCUUGGGGUUUAAAGGGUUUACUCAAGUAGAAUCAAGCCAAGGAGAUAGCAAUAUUUUUCAAGUUGCUGCCAAAUCAAUAGAAAUGCCUUGGAGGCCAAAGAUUUCGAAGAUUCCCCGAAUUAACUAGAGGCAUCAACUUUUUUUUCUGUCCCUCAUAAAAAACACCCUUACAUUCACUUAUUCCUAGGUGAUCUUGUUAACACUAAAUGGACCUUGGAAAAAGGAGGUUGUCACUGGCCAAAUAGUGCCAGGCUACUAAAUGCAGUUCUUUCUGUAAACUCACCACAUCGCUAGAUCAUUGAUACUAAUAGUAAAUUUGAAAAAACAGCUACCAUUUGCAUCGAUCUUGUAUCUCCUCUUUCACAAACAGGAUAAUCCCAUUGGCAAAGUUUUGAAUGGAGUUAAACAAUCCUACAUGUUUGACCUUCUCCUUGAAACUAGAAAGGAAGAUGAAAGAUUUAAACCCUAUAAACCUGGAGGUAAACUUGAUCUAAAUUGUUCCUUUGUUUGUUGAUAACUCCAAUAAACUACCAGCUGAAUUACUUUAUAUAUGUAUACCCAUAGGUGAGAUAAUGUUAUUGAACUGGGCCCAGUUGUUCAAAAGGAAUAUAAGUUAUCCAAUAAAUAAGACACUAUUUAUUAGAAAAUGCAAAUUUGUUCCAUGGAUAGUGUUAUCCACCCUUGGAACAACCAGGGCCAGAUAGACUGCUUUUUAGGUUGUAGGGUAGAUAGUGUUGGUGAUAUUUUCAUGUUUUUACCAGGAAGAAAUCAUCAGUAGUUCUCUCAUCCAUAGAUGAAACAUGGUGAAUGAGUUAGAGCUUACUUGAGUGUUAAAUGAAUGUAAUUUUACUUUGGUGUUAUAGUCAAAUCUGAGUAUAAAAACACACAGGAGGGACAUCUGUUAGUAUUUUGUUGUUAUGCCCUUGUGUCCUCAAGCACUCAGGGGAUCAAAGUGUGAACAUUUUAAUAGCAUGUUUUUUUUUUCCUGCUCCUAGGUACAACAGUAAAGGUUCAUGUGGUGCAUCUAGAAAAAGAAAAGGUGGAUCCAUAUGUAAAUGUGCGACCACUGCUCAGUUCAACUGUGGGGGAUCUUUGUGAUCUUAUUCAUGAAGUAAGAACAGUUUCUUUUUCCAUGCAAGUGUCAGGCUUUUCUUACCUCCAGGAGACACUGUACUUUACUCAUUGGUCUAUUUUGUGGUUUGUCUCUUGGCAACUUUCUUUGUUUGCCUCUAAAAAUGCUAUGGUCAUUGUUUUGUCUACAAGUUCUCAGGCUCCAUUUACGGGUAGUUGAGAAAAAGUUGCUUGACCUGGUUGGGGAGGGGGGUUGGGACCCCUUCCCCUUUCAUCUUUUCACCCUUUUUAUUCUCCUUCUUUUGCCUUGUUCCUAUUCUCUCUAAACAACACUUUGAGAGAUUUAAAAAUAGACUGCUCCAUAAAAUGUUAUGUAUAUGUUUCACUGUUAUUUUAAAAAUGGAUUAUCAUUUAAUUUAUGUGCAGAAAUUUAAUCUUCCUGUGGACUGUAUGAGGGUUGUGUUUGAAGGAUCCUACAAUGACCUGAAGCUGCUAGAUAACCCAAGCAAAGUUCUAAAAGAACUUGGAUUCUUCAAAAACAACAGGGUAUUUAAAUCACUCAAAUAUUUUUUCCAGAUGAAAUUGCAUAUUCUUCAAUGUAUGAUAUAGCUAAGAGAAAUGAGGUAGCACAGUCUUUUACACAUGGGGUCUAAAUGGAAAGGUUGUAGAUCAAUGUUUGGCAAGGCCUCUCUGUUCAGUGCUAGGUCAACACACUUUAUUCUGAGUGCCUCUUUUUACCUUUGCACAUACAAUAUAAUGUUGUCAUGCAAAGAGUUGAAAAGGAAUCAGUUCCCUAAAUCUCUUCUUUUCCAGAAUAGUGCCAAUCCCUCAUUGUAGGUUAAAGAAAAAAUUAGGAAGAGGAUGCUUUUGAAUCAAUUUUAAAUCACUUAAAAUCAGUUUUAUCAGCAAAUGGUGUGGAAAUUGUAAGGAGGAGUUUAUCUGGUAUCCCAUUCAAUAAAUAGAAGGGGGGAGGGGAAUAAUCUUCCUAGCUGUUAACUGGUAUGGCAUACUGCAGUAUAACUUUUAGCUGCAUGCACCCAUUUGCUUGAGCCAAGACUUAGGUGGCCUUAAGUUUCUGCUUAAUAUGAACCUGCAGUCAACUCAGAUUAAGUUAUUGUCUGGUACAAAAUAUUUGCCUUGGAUAACAAAAUGAAUGUUUGUGGUUAUAUUCCACUAGGUGUUUGUAGAAGCUUCUGAUAAAGAGGAAGAUGUUCUGUUUAAAGAUUCCAAACUGUUCAAAGUCCUAGAUGUAUUUCAGCACACUAUUCAAUUGUUUGUUUUGUUACCAGAUCCAUCUACAAAACCAUCAGGUAUGUGGGGCCUUAAAGAUUGUUAGUUGAACCAUAUGUGGCUACUUUGUAAUCUGAGAAUGGAAGGAAUUUUAUCUUCUCUGUGUACAUCUCUAUUACAUCUGGUUAUGUAGUUCAUUGGCUUGGUUUGAAAAACAAGAUGAUGUCAUUAAUGUUUUGGGAUCAUGAUAAUUCCCAAUUAUUACAUUGAUGUUUGAACAGAGAACUCCUUACACACUAACACGUGUGUAACAACCUCUUGCCCAUAGAGCACACAAGCAGAUAUAUCUGUGAGACUGCAGUUGAUUCAGAAAAGAAUGAAAAACAAAGAGGUGAGAAGUUGUGUCAAGAGUACAGAGAUACAGUUAUGGUAACAUAAGUCUUCAUUAACUAACUCUUGCACUUUCCUAGGAAAUAAUUGCAAGCCAUGUUUGAUUUUUAGAAAAACUUGUCCGAGUGGACAAAAGAAUCACCCUUGGAAAACUGAAGGAAAUUCUGAAGAGCGAUGUUGGAUGUGCACCAGAGUUUUUUAGGGUAGGUACUAAAGAAUGUCUUUAGUUUUAUGUUAUUUACCAAACAGAAUUAGAGAUGACUUGUGAAGUUGCAAUCAUCUGCUGGUGGAGAACAGGCAUAAACCAGAGUUUCAUUUGAGAUGUCAUUGAUACUAGAGGUCUGUUUUUCAUGAUCAUAGGUUUACAGAGUAUACUCAAACAACCAAGAAAUUGAGUACAACAAGUUAACUGACCCACUUACAAGCUUCAGUGAUGAUUCUAAGGUUAGUGCCAAUGCAGAAUUUUUCAGGACAGUGAAAUGUUGCUAUUUUCAUGGUAGUUUCAAUAUUGUUUUUCUGUUUGAGUGACACAUUGGUAGAGUUCAUUUUAAUAUACAGUUUGAAAACUGUCAGAAUCAUGUAGGCUGCACUUUUAGAUACUUAUUUUGUUGUAAAUGAUGGCAUUAUUAUAUCGAUAGGUUAAUUCUUGCCCUUCCUCAUUUUCCUCUACAUGUUAAAUUAGUAAAAUUGUAAAGGAACAUGGACUUGCUAUGGUCUGGUUCAUUUUACAUUUAUUCACCAGCUGAAUGGUGGAGUAAGAUCAUUUUAUUGACAGUAUCUACAUGAAACAAACACAACCUUUUAAGCUUUUGUGCUAUCUAGCAAUAGACUUUAUUUGUAAAGUAUGUUUACCUUAGACAUUACAUUUGUAGUGGAUAUGAGGCAUUCAAUUCUUUCUGUGGUAGAUACGAGUAAAGUACAGUCGUGCCCUCAAGAAAGGGGAACAUCAGCUAAAAAUAUUUCUACUAAAUCCUACGGAAAAGGAGGUGAGGGUGAUUUGUUACUGAGAAUUUGUUCUGUAUAUCUAUUCCUGGACUCAUUGCGCAAGUUCUUCCUGCAUUCAAUACGAUUGCUACAAUCCUUUUUCCUGCAAAUAAUUAGCAUAAAAUUCCUUCCUAACUGUCAAAGUUGAGCUUAAACUAUGUUUAUAACAAUAUCAGUCUAUAAUAAAACUUUAUAGUUGGUGUCUGGAAAAGAAUUUUGACCCACAGUUUGGCCACUGAUUCCUUUUGGGAGAAGAGAUAAACUAAGGCUACUUUAAAGCAAUAGAGCCCUUUAAUUACAUGUCAUGAUGAUGAUUAGUCUUUGCUGAAGGAAAUGAAUUGAAUGAUAGUAUCUGUUUCACUUCUAGCCUUACAAGUACUUUUGUGACUGGAUUGUAACUGAUGGUAUGUCAGUGAAACAAUGCAAAGACCUUCUACAGCCAGAAAUCUGCCAAAGAUGUGGUAUUGAUGUACCUGUUGAAAAGUAAGUUUAAUCAUCACUCUAAGAUUUUCAGCUGAAAGGGUACACUUAAAGGUAAAAAAAUUUUUUUCCCACCUCCACUGAAUGUUAAUAUGAAUUAACACAAAUAUUAUUACUAUGAAUUAAUAUUUAUUAGUUAGUAUGGUUAAUUAAAUAUGGAACCCUUCCAGCUGGUUUUAUGCCUGUUAAACAGCACUUGUUUAUUUUGCAGCAGAUACGGCCAUGUUACUUCCUUGUUUAUUUAUUUGUUUUUGAAAAAACUCAAAAAGAGUUAAACUGUUAACUUUUUGUUUUGUUUUCCUUCAAAUAAGGAAUUUUUUUCUUUUUUAUCUCUUCCUUUUUUAUUUUUAGUCUCAGGAUGAGAAGAAAAAACUGGAAGAAUCCUGCUGCAGUGUAUGUUGAUUCUCAGGUGUUUGAAGACCACAUUCAGGUGUAUGCAAGUUUUGAAGUUUUCCUGGAAAUAUUAGAAGGUGUGUGAGUUUGACUAAGAAUUUUUAUCAAAUCACCACUUUAAUAAUUUCUGUAUCUCCUCUUGUCAGAUGACACACUUGACCAUCAUACUUUUUGUUAACCCCUUAAUUCCCCGAUAUAACUGACAAUAAUUUCUAACUGAAAUUUCAUUAAUUUUGACUUACUGUUUCUUCGUUUCUCUAUUUUUAUUGUGUUCAUUAAUCGAGGUGUGGAAUUUCAAGUGUGAGGGUUUAAUAUGCAAAAGUAACUCUGAGUUAUAAUUAUAGUUAAUAAUUUUGUGUCAUUUCACUGUUCUGAAUCCCCAAAUUGUUCUUUUACAUAGUAUGUGCAUCAUAUAAUCACUUUCCAAAACAAAAUAUAUCCACAACAUCCAUUUUUCACUCUUCUAGGCCCUGAAUUAAUGACUUCAACAGACCAGCUUUCAGUCUAUGUGCGCCAUUGGCAUCCUUCAACUAUAACACUUGACCCUCCCAAAGAGGUUGUUCUGCAAGACAGUGUAGUUGACGAACUGAAAGCUGCAGUAAGUUGGGAUUAGUUAGGGCAUGUUAUUCAUCAAAGAAUUCUUCAAUGGAUUGAGGGUUUUGUGGCCAAGGCAGCAGUGUUUCAUACUCACAGUCUGAUGGCCCUCAAGGUUUAGGGUCACUCUGACUCUUAGUUAGACUUGUAGGUUGUAGUUCCACUCUCUAGCAUGCCAAUCAAUUAGAAGCUUCAACACCACCCAUCCCCUCAACCACCACUUUCAGGAAACCUGCAUUUGACCUUCAUCUGUACCUGGGAGGGGGGGAGGGGGGAUUCAAACCAGAACUGAAAAUUCUUCACUUUUGGAAGGAGAUGGCUUAGAAGGAAACUUAUGGUGGCUGUUAUUGCCUUUUAAAAAAGAAUAGAUCAUGAAAUAAGCACUUUGGUGGCAUGGGCAUUUGAACACUAUUUUGGUCUAGAGGGUUGGGAGUUUGAACAAACCAAUCUUCAAAAGUUCAAAUGCGCAGGGGGUCCUUGGGAGGAUGCUGAAGCUUCAAAUUGGUCGACACAUAAAUAUGCAUACCUUGGAGAUAGUCAACUGUUUUUUAUUUUUAUGUCUUCAUGAUUCAUAUUUACAUUUGUGCUUCCAGAUACUAUAACAUUUUCAUUUGACUUUCCAAAUUGAUUGCUGUAGUCUGUGAUAUUUAUAGAUUGUAAUUGUGUAUUUCUCUUUCAGGUUAGCAAACUUGGUAGUGUUCCAGAAGAGAAUUUAGAGUUGUGCAAGGUGAAGAUUAUUCAAGAUUUAGGGUCAAAUUAAAAUCUAAAAUUACUCUACCAGGAUUUUUUUAGUUUUCUGUAGUUUAUCAUAUUUUUAGUUUGCACAAUUUUAUAGCAAUUUCAGCACUGACCUUUGUUAUAAUCAUGCACAGAUGUAAAGCUACCAUGCACACCACUUAUUUAAACAUCAACUUCUUUGAAAGUCUGUUGGUUCUUUGACUCACCAACACCAUGGUGUUGGUGAGUCAUGCUUUAACCCUUUCAAUCCCAAUAUCGCAUUAAUAAUUCUCCUUACUUUCUGCCAUUAAUUCUCAUUAUUGUAGUUUGAAAAAUGUAGCAUUUUAACAACUUAUAAUCCCCUACUGAUAUUUUCCUAUAAUUUCAUCACUUUUCUGCUUGAUAUUGCUAUUGUAAAGAUAAUUCUGUUAUGGUCAUUCAUGGGAGUUGGAAAGUUGAGAAGUUUCACUGUUAUAACUUGUAAUCAGAAGACAUAAACAAUUCUUUAUAAAGAUAACCACACGGACACUUUCAUUGUGUGGGAAAGUUAUAUUUGAUUUCAAUACCUCACACAAAGUGUAGGAGUUGACAUAAUUUUUUAGCUACUUUCUUAAGAACUUUGAGAAUCUUAUUUCUUUUUGAAAUAAAAAAGAUUGAAGGGGAUGUUUCCCUUGUAGGGCCGUGGACACUUUCCUUGUGAAAUGUCUGUUUUGGAGAUUCAUGAUGAGUGUGACUGGUCAAGUGACUUGACAUCCCUUAGAGCAAGUCCUCUGUUGAUAACUGAUGAUGGAGCAGUGGUGUUUUUCAGGUUAGAGUCUUUAGUUGAGAGGAAUGGAGGGCUUAAAAUGUUCUGGAUGACAAUCUAUCUGUCCUUGGCAGAUAGAUUGUCCUCAAAAUUUCAUAUUUGACCCUGGAAGCUUGGCUUCUUUGCUUUGCUUUAUGGCUUUGUUUUUCUGCUUUGCUUCCUUUUCAAUUUAGUUCAAGAUUUAACUGUCAAAAGUUCCCACCUUUAAAAGUUACACUUCAUCCUUUCUGUAGGGAUAAAACAGAAAAGCUCAUGGAAAUAACAGAAGAAAAGAAGCAGGAAAUCAUAAAAAAAGAAAAUGCAAAGUAAGAAUUUCACCCACUCGUGAUAAUGUCAUUUUUCCUUAUCCAGAAAAGAUUGCAGCUACAAUGAUGUACAAUCGAUUUCUUUGUGUGUGCAGCAUUUCACUAAAACAAAAUUAAUUUUUAUGAUCAGUAGCACAGUUCUGAUGUACAAAAGCGUAACAUUGGGGUAAAAUUGAAAAUUUGAUUUAAGAAUCAAUUCUUAUUAGAAUUAAGUCAGAAAGUGAAGGAAAUUGGUUCCUAUCUUGAAAUUAUGCGGGUAUCAGCGGCCAUCCCGAGGGGUCGACCCCCGGGCAACCCAAGGGCAACCCACGGGCUUAGCAGGGGAUUUGUAGCAAAGGCAUGCCCCGCACGCGGGGCAUUAGAGCGCUUUUGCGUUUUUGGCAAAAUACCCCGGGGCCAUACCCACGGGAUUUGCACGUAAUCUGCUGUUAUUUUUGCUUUCCUACAAGGCCCAAUGAGCGUAAUAAGUGGGAGGUUUUCUGUAAGCGAGCGGAUAAAAAAUUCAAGACACUCGGCGAUCCAAGAAUCUGUUCAUUGCAUUUUAAGGAAAGCGACAUCGAGAUUUCAAUUUCAUACAGUUAGUUCGCAUUCGAAGCGUCUUGCCGAUAGGAAGAGACAGUGUGAUGAACAACCGCAAGCCAAGAAAGUUUGCCUCAGAAAGCUCGAAUUUGAGGACUCCAUAGAGACUUGUGUGGAUUUUAGUGCUGAUUUGGCUUCAGUAAACCAUGAUCACUCGUACUUUUGCAUCGAGGAACAGGCAACUCCGACUAUAUGUUGCCCAGGUUGCUCCAGGGGUGGGGGUAUUUGUCCCAAUUUUUUGCCCUACCCGAGGGGCUUUAGCAUGUGUUUGUCACGGCAGCUGUGACAAAUGCCCCUGGGUGCCCGGGGGUCGACCCCUCGGGAUGGCCGCUGAUACCCGCAUUAUGUCAUUUCGAUCGAUUCGGACGCAUUUCAAGAAAAUUUUUCUAUUACCUAUGAUGCAAUGCGACCACGCCAUACCGCAUGCGUGAAACAUGCGGUAUGUACUUAGGAAGUUUCCCGCUCAUUUCCUCACCUGAUAUAAUAUUUUACUUCUUAAUAUGGAAAUCUAAAACAGUCCUUAUUGAUUAAGUAGACUUUGGGAUGAUUUGGAAGUAAUGGAAGCCGUCAAAAUGACAAACGCAUCGCGCUUGUUUUUGCUAUAAAUUCGAUCGCAUACGUUCCUGAGGAUCAAAAUUGUAGACCUAAUGUUUCGGAUGAACUUAAAUGCUAAUAUUUUCGUCGGCUUCUAACGGAUUCGAUCGAGUUUGGUACCAAAAUUUAGCUUGUCAUUUGAGCAUUUGUUAAUGUCAAAGUUGACAUGCUCCAGUGCACUUGUCGCAAACAAUACGAUUAGGAAGUCCAUUGACUGGUACUAUCGCGCGGCAGAUCACAGCGCUCGCCAACUGUUUCGGACGCAGAAAAAAAUUCAUAUCUCGACAACGUUUCAACAAAAAUACCAAAAAACGAAAAAAAAUUGAAAAUCAACUUAUGAGCAUUGUAUUUUGAGGUUAAAUUGUUCUGUAACUAAGGAAUUAUGACUCGCAAAAUGAAUUUAAAAUUAUCUGUCUCUCCUAGGCUUUAAAGCGUGACGCAUCAAGUGGUGAACACUUUCGUUGAUUUUAAGAAAGAUUUAGCUCAAAUUUUCAGGAUUUUGGCUGUCACUUUGCUUAAAAAGGAACUAUUUUCAUUAUCUGUUAAGUCUUACGGUUAUAAACGAGGCUUCAGUGGGCAAAAACAGGAAAACAGUGAAUAGUGAAGCUGACGCAUGUUACGCGUGACGCCAUGUUUCUGUCGCUAACUUUACAAUUCGGCUCCAAUUCAAUAUUUUCAGAGAUCCUUUAUUCUACUUCUGUUUAGUCCAAAACCAUCUUUAACACAUUUGUAACAAUUGUGGAAAGUCUCAAGCAGAUCUGAUCAUUGUGCGCCGAGAAAUUCUCAAAAGAUUCAAGCAAAUCCGUGAUUUUUCAAUUUGUACGUGACAAGCGUGCUACUGAUCUUAUGUUGUCUUUCAAGUGGCAGUUAGGAAUAUCUGGUAAUACUUUAUGAGGUUGUAAUCAAGGGGAGUUAUUUUAGCCCUGUAAUCCAAUUUAAAUGAACAACAGUAGAUUAACUGUAGCAAAUCACAAGCAUGGUGUUCUAUUUUGGAAUUAACCCUUAAUAACUCCCAAGAUCUUAUUGUUAAUUCUAUGCUAUAGCUGCUACACAUAACCUUGUAAAUUAGUUAUGAGAGUUAUUUGGUAUUAGAUAAGGAUGAAAAUUAAACUUCUACCUGGAAUGUGUGAGUACUCUCAUUUCCUGUUUGCUGGAUAACAUAUGAAUAUUACAGAGAGAAGUUUCAUGUGAACUCCAUUUCCAGGAGUUAACAAAUGUGUUCUUUUUAUCAUCAUACAGGAGCAACAACUCAAAUACAAGAAUUGGAAAAUUUUCUUACAAGGAAAGAGCUCUAAAAAUUUACACUGAUGACAACAGACCAAGCAACUGAAAAGAGAGUACUUCUCAAUUAACCGGGGUUGAAACAACUCAAGAAAUGCACAACCACUUGCAUUGAUAGAGAGAUGAUAGACUGUGCGACAAUAUUGAUAAAUAUUAUGGAGUUCUUAGUACAAUCAAUAAUGGAUUGGGAAAGAACACAGAACAAUGAGAUAGAGAAACAAUUGUUUGAUUGACAGUAGCCCUUGUAAGUCAAUAGUUUUGUGCAUGGAAGGCAGAGAGGAUGUCUAAAAUUCCCAUGAAAAGGGGCCUAGGGAUCAUUAGCAUUGUGUUUUGUAACCUCACUUUUUGCAUAAACUUAUUGAUGACUGAAGUGACCCUGAACUAACUCACCUUAUCUUCAAAUGCAGAGCUUCAAUUAUUUUAAGUCAAUAGCAUUUUCAUUGCAAUUACAAUGUAGUAGAGGACUUUGCAACUUAAACUACAAACAUAAGACCUUUAUUUCUACCAUUUAGUUCACCUGAUGGUUAAUUUUGGUCUACACAGUUCUUCUGAGCAGGACAUGUACAAAUGGUUACAGAAGCUUUUUGAUACUUUUCCUCCAAGAGAAAAACAUUGGGAAGUUUUCUGAUGUGCAUAUACUCAAAAUCUGUUUUCUGCAGAAAAUAAAACAAAGUCUUCCCUUAUAAUCUAGGAUAAAGCACAAAUAUUUCACUUGAUCUAUUCCCUGCAGUCACAGUUCUUUUCAGAAGGCUUUCAAGAAACAUGUAUGAUACGUGUACAUUCCAGUUUUCAAGCUUAUGGAAAAAUCGUUUUCGCUCAAGUAUGUAAUCUUAUACCAAGCUCCAAGAGCUAGGUUUAGUGUAAUUUAAGAGGUGGCUGAUGAGUCAAAACUGCAACUUGGUAAAAUCCAUACAGGAAACUCAACAUUGGUAGUUACUCAAUGAAAAAUGCCGUAAAACUGAAGUUCUUGAUUGUAAUUUGAAGACAUUUUGAUACUAGCAGUGUACUUUAUUAUCUAAUGCUGAAGGGGAACUGCAACACCAACAAAUGGGCAAUUUUACCUCUACCUUACAGAGCAGUAAUCUCCUUGGGGUUUUCCACUAUUUGCAUUGAAUUUGUGUGAAUUACUUGCAAAAAAUGCUAAAACAAUUGUGGUCAACUUCUGCUUUCUGAGCUCUACUUGUGUUUGCUCAUUCAGAGUAAAAGAAAUAUUUCUCACAACAUCAGCACUUACAGGAAGGUUGACAAAUGAACUGUGGGUCAUUGAAGAAUUUAUCAAAUGUUGUGAUUUUUUGUUACCGGUCUCAUAAUGAAACAAUAAAAGUAUCAUUUACAGUAACUGUAGUAUGUAGAGUUUCAAAUUGUCUUCAUGUUGUGCAUCAAUUUUUCUACUAGUACUGUCAUCUUUACAAUUAAUUUUCAAUUUAGGUCAAGCUUCAAUCAAGAUGCUGUAAAUCUUGAAAACAAACAAUCUUAUGACAACAACAAAAACAAAAACAAUUAAAAGCUCUUUCUGUAAAUAGGGAGGUGUAUUUGCAGUUUCUUGUAAUUUUUUCC